AUGGAUGCCUUGAUUAUCUUUGAGGCGUGCCGUCAAGGAGUCUUGAACAGAACUACGCGUCGCAUGGUAGAAGAAGAGAAAAAAGUUCUUUGUGCUGGGUCCAUAUACGUGUACGAUGAAAGGGAAUCAGGAAUCAAAAGAUGGACCGAUGGAAAAUAUUGGUCUCCUAGCAGAAUCGUUGGCGAUUUUCUUGUUUAUCAAGAGCUCGAAAAAAGAAUUCCUCAUAUAAAAAGUUACGACAAACUUGAUGAUAACCUCAAACAACGAAUCAAAGAUGAAAAUUUAAAAUUUCAUAUUUCAAACAAGGGUACUUUUAUUCACCGUAAGGAUGGUUUGAGUAAAAAAACCAUCACAGUAAAAUUGAACGAGGCUUUCCAACAUAUGGUUAUUUAUGAAGAAAAAGAGGGCAAUAAUAAUCAUCUUUACCCGCCUCGUGCUUAUGUCGAACUGUUAAACAUUGAACCAGGGGUAGAUUUGACUCAAAAUGAAGCGUUACGCAAGCAAAAUUACGUCAGGCUUAACGAAGAAUCCCCUGCUUCAAGGUUAAGAAAAGGAAAGGUUGUGGAACGUCAGAGACCCUCUUCAAAUAUCAACAUUCCACCUAAAAGACCCGUCGCUCCGUUCCAACCUUUGCCGAGUAUCGCGGAAGCUUUGUAUUCUCCCGUGUCGACAAUGCAAAGAACUAAUGAUUUUGAAUUACCUGAAUUGAAUAUAACAAGAAUAAUUAACCUAUUGUCAGGUUCGCAAGAAAAUGAUUCGAUGGUUAAAUUGGAAAAGUCAGAGGAUUCAUCAUGGUCGGUUCAAUCAACGAAUUGCAUUGACAAUGGCAUCAAUAUUUGGCAGAACGGCGAAUAUCCAUUUCCAUCCCGCGCCUUUCCAUCCCAUACCUACAGAACCAUGAGAGAUACCGUUAUUCCUGAUACGGUCAAACCCCUCGCCGAUCAAGAUUCGGAUUUCAUGGAUUUGGUGGAUUACUCUCUUAACGUCUUGAUGCAAAACCCUUUACCAUACGAUAAGGAAGAAACUUUAGAAGAGGCUACUUCUAUGAACAUGGAUAGGCUCACACAACUUCAAGAUGCAAUAGAUGAGUUGGCUAGAAUGUUUGCUAAUAGCGUAGAAUAUCUUAACCGAGCGCAGGUACAUGUCGACCAGGAUCCAGGGAAAUUUAGAGAAAGUCAACGUGAACUUGUUCAAGAUAUUGUCAAAAAAUCAAAACAAAUAGAAUUAUUGAUAGAGAAAUUACCAGGGAUGCAAAAUUCUGAACAAGAGCAAAUAGAUAUGAUUAAAGAAUUAAAUAAAGAAAUGCACGAGGCCAAUCUAGAAUAUCUAAAGGCUUCUUUAAAAAAACAAAUAAUGGAAACUAUAGGAAUACUUUGUAGGGACCAAAGUACGGCGUAUAAUACAGAGGAAUGA